AAUCGUUUAUUUUUCCUACUAUAUAUCUAUCAGAACUGGGUUUCAAAAUUUUAAAGUCAGGACUCACUCACCUUCUGCCCUUCGGAAUGGUCGGGAUCCUCCCUUUCUGGCGAUGGGUCCUUCGCCCAUUUCGCCUCCACUACGGUGUGGUGUUCAACGUCGCCCUGCUCUGCCUCCUUGGGCUGGGUGUCCUGGACUACGGGUACUUCUGCCACGGAUGGGACCUGCUCUGGUGGCGCCACCUGCUGAUGCAGGAGGAGAUCACCCCGCUGUCUGUUCUGUUGCAUAUCGGUGGCGUCAAGUUGGUCGUUAUCCUAGGACUCGCUUUGUGGAGUAGCUCCCGCAAGGCGGCAGGAGAGGAUCGGCAGGUGAAUCAGGAGAUGCCCAUCGCAUACGUGCGCAAGCGGUACUGCCGCUUCCUGGUGAUGCGACUGCUGGCAUCCUUGGACAAGCUGAUCCACCAACAUCCCCAAAUGGAAGAUUUCCUGCAAAGGCACACAGCAUUUUGCACGGCAGUGGAGCUCUUUCGCUGGGAUGCCAGAAAGCUCUUCGAGCGGAGUGAUCUGCAGCUCACCCUGCCGCUCCACGAAGUCCUUGCUGUCAAGGAUUGCUGGGAGGAGAACCUCCUCCAAAACGGUUACGGCGAACGCCUGCACAACCUGCGGGAACUGGACAUUCAUCGGAUGGUCUACGACUCAUGAAAGGAAUUCGGGGACGGGAUUCGGUUGCCGACCGCUUUACCAGCUUCCAAACUUUUUAAUUGGGUUUCGGCUGGGCUGUUGUUAAUUUCACUUUGCCAACAUGUUAAUUUUAAUGCAGCACACGCAUGUGAGUGGGGGUCCUGAAGUCCCCAAAGUGCCAGGUUCUCCCCCUGCCCCGAAAAUUUCGCCGGAGUGAAAAAGCAGCUGAGUUUGUGGCAUCCCCGCCGACAGAUUGGCAUUCCUUGGGGGUAAAGUUUCUUCAGAAGUAUACAAUUUGUUUGUUAAAUAAAGUACAAAAUUUAUUUUUAUUUACCGAAACGUUA